UCUCGCUUUCAGUCGGUCCCGCAGUGAAGAUGGCGGAAGCUCCCCUGCGGCCCGGCGGCUUCUUCUGUCACCAGUGCUCGGCAGAGAUCAGCCCGCGACUCCCGGAGUACAUCUGCCCACGCUGUGAAUCUGGAUUUAUCGAGGAGUUACCUGAUCAGGGAAGGGCAGAGAAUGGUUCCACGUCGACGUCCUCUACUGAAGAGAACCGACCCCCAUUCGAGAAUGUGGACCAACACUUGUUUACGUUCCCACAUGGUUACGGACAGUUUGCUUUGGGAAUUUUCGAUGAGGGCUUUGACUUCCGGGCAGGUUUGCCCGCGGAGGAUAACCGUGACACAGAGAACCGCAGAGAACGGGAAAUGGCAUCACGACAGCGGUACAGUGCGAGACAACCACGGGGACGCCACGUUCCCCGGAGACAAGGAGUGCGGCAUGAGGGUGUGCCAACUUUAGAAGGAAUAAUUCAGCAGUUAGUGAAUGGGAUCAUUGCUCCGACAGCUAUGCCAAACAUGGGCAUGGGGCCAUGGGGAAUGCUGCACUCAAACCCAAUGGACUAUGCAUGGGGUGCCAAUGGAUUAGACACCAUCAUAACACAGUUAUUAAAUCAGUUUGAAAACACGGGUCCCCCUCCAGCAGAUAAAGAGAAGAUUAAGAGUCUCCCUACAGUUCACAUCACAGAGGAGCACGUGGGUGCUGGUUUAGAGUGUCCUGUCUGUAAAGAAGACUACAGCACAGGAGAAAACGUCAGACAGCUUCCCUGCAAUCAUCUCUUUCAUAAUGACUGUAUAGUGCCCUGGCUUGAACAGCAUGACACAUGUCCAGUCUGCAGGAAGAGCUUGAGUGGGCAGAACACAGCCACGGAUCCGCCCGGCCUAUCAGGGAUGAACUUCUCUCCAAUUUCCUCCUCCUCUUCAUCCUCCAGCUCUCCAAGCAAUGAGAAUUCCACCAACAACUCGUAAGACCUCAGCCCACAUCCCGAACACCACAUCAUCAUCAUCAUCUCAGCCUGAAGCUGCAAACCACUCGACCCGUCUCACCUCCACCAGUAAUGCAGCUCGGAGCUGAUCUAGAACUCUGUGGAACCAGAGCCGAACCUUAACCUUUGAACCCAACCAUCACUAACACGCAUUUUAGCGCAUUUCACAAACCGGCCUCAAAACCAGGACCAGAGAGGACCGCCAAACCCCUUCGAGAAAAAAUUACUCAACAGCUUUGUUUUUUUAAGAUUGAGAGCCACUGUUCCUCAUAAUUUAAAUGCACACGGCAGCAGGAUGGAAGCAACUGUCUGUAUGAUGUGGUUUUAAUCGACGGAACGCACGAUAAGAAGAGAGAUGAUAACUGCGGCCGACGUGAAGAGAUGUACCAAACUGCAUUUUAGAUUAAGACUUUGUGUUUCUCAAGAGAGGGACGCGUCCAAAUAGAACCUUUCGUUUUUUUACUAUUUGAUUUUUAUUUUUCAGAUAAUAGUGGCUACUAGUAUGUGAACGUGCAUCCCACAAGGCUCUGUCUUGAGACCAUUAAGUUUUUUUUAAUGCAAAAUUUCCCUUCCAAUUCUCCUUGUAGUGAGUACAAAAAUAUUAUUUAAAUUGAACUUAAAUACAUGUUGGUAGUAUGUGUUCACUGCCUGCGAGUUUAUGAUGAUUUACACUUUUACAUUUUUCUUUUGAUUUUGAGAUGAAAUGUGACCUGUACCAUGUACUCAUAUUUAUUGAAAAACAUUUCAAGAACAAUCGAGCGUCAUUGUUAAAAGCCAACUGAUCGAAAAUAUCAGAGCGACGAACUACUAACCCCAUUAUGUUUUUUGCACGUUUUUUUUUUUUUGCGAACAUUGAACAAAUGGAAAAGUGUGACUUUCUACAUUUAGUAUCAUCCUUAAAACAUGCAUUUUUAGACUUUAUCCCGAUGGGACAUUGCCUAAUAACACAACAAGACCUCUCUCGCUCACCUUUCUCUUCUUGUCUGUUUCUGGUUUCUCUCUCCACACACAUUUCAAUUCAAGGCAACUUUUUUAACUUAUUUUAAGUGAAUGAUUUGUUUUUGUACAUCAUAAUAAAAGAAAAGGAUGCA